AUGUUAGAACGUCAGAUGCUCGGGAGUCGACACGUGUCCCCCCCGAAGAUACAAAUGGCAGCAGUUGAAUGCAAGGAAGCACGUGCUCAAAAGAACUACGCUAAAGCAGACGCACUAUACACCCUAAUCAAAGAUGCAGGCUAUGGGGUGCUGCAUAUCAAUAACGAGGAAAUUCUAGCACGAAAGUAUACGAUCAGACUAAGGGGAAUUGAUGCACCUGAAAAUGCAAUGCCUUACGGGAAAGAAGCGAAAGAUGAAUUGGUGAAGAUAAUUGAUGGGAAGUGUUUGAAAAUUUUGAUCUUUGAUGAAGAUCAAUAUGGGCGUUUUGUUGGGGAUAUGUAUUGUGAUGGCAUAUUUGUACAGGAAACGAUGUUGAAGAAAGGACUUGCAUGGCAUUACAGUGCCUAUGACAAAAGGCCGGAAUUAGAGAAGGUAACUGGGAACUUGAUUCCAUAG